AUGACGCCAUUACCCGCCCCUCUCAGCACAUGCGCGGUGCUUUCCCGAGGUUUAGGGACCAUGAGGAUUGCAGCGAGUGUGACCUUGUUAUGGAGGCAGUUACCUAUUCUGCUUACAUGCGGUGCGUCGGUGUCAGGGGAACAUAACCAGCUGCAGCUUUCCGAAUACAAUGAGAUGGUUCCCCUAUAAGUGCAUAUAAGUACUGUCUUGUUAUUUAUGGAACUUCAUGUUUUAUUUUUGUAAGUAGCUACCUGUGGCCAUGGACCUGAAUGAGGUUCCUAGUAAAAGAAAAAGCCGGUUAGUGCAGGGGGGAGGCUGGCUGGUUCCCACUUGUCUGCUUUGUACGUAUGGGUUCUUCGCUAAUCUCAGACCGUCGGAGCCUUUUGUCACCCCGUACCUGCUGGGUCCGGACAAGAACCUCACGGAGAGGCAGGUGUUUAAUGAAAUAUACCCUGUUUGGACAUAUUCUUACCUGGCGUUGCUGUUUCCUGUAUUCCUUGCAACAGACUAUCUCCGAUACAAGCCAGUUAUUGUUUUGCAAGGUUUGAGUCUGAUAAUCACAUGGUUUAUGUUACUGUAUGCUCAAGGUACCUUGGCUCUUCAAUUCCUUGAAUUCUUCUAUGGAAUGGCAACUGCAACAGAAGUGGCUUACUACUCUUACAUCUACAGCAUGGUGAAACCUAGCAUGUACCAAAAAGUCACCAGUUACUGCCGCACUGCCACGUUAACUGGUUUCACUGUUGGUUCUGUCGUUGGCCAGAUUCUGGUUUCAUUGACUAACUGGUCUUUGUUCUCAUUAAAUGUUAUUUCUUUAACAUGUGUUUCCAUUGCUUUUGCAACUGCUUGUUUUUUACCAAUGCCAACUAAGAGUCUCUUCUUCCACAAAAACUUGCAUUAUCCUGGAGAUAAGGAAGUUUAUAUUUCGGACAAUUCACAUAUGGACAGCAAUAAAUAUGCUUUGGCAGAUUCCACUGAGGCUGAAGAGAUUGAAUCUCGAAUUGCAUUAAAUUCUGAAAACAGAUCUGAUGUAAAAAACUGUUCACCAAAGAAUAGUAAUGGUUUACAAAGUGUUCUGAAGACUCUUUGGAAGUAUUUCUUGCACUGUUACUCAUCACGAACACUUGUGUGCUGGUCGGCGUGGUGGGCUUUAUCGACUUGCGGGUACUGUCAAGUAUUAAAUUAUGCUCAGGGUCUCUGGGAAAAAGUUGCUCCAUCCUCCCAUUCUGAUAUAUAUAAUGGCAGUGUAGAAGCUGCUUCUACCCUCUUAGGAGCUGUCGCAGUAUUUGCUGUUGGAUAUAUAAAAACGUCAUGGUCCACAUGGGGGGAACUUCUGCUUGCUUUAUUUUCAGUAAUCCUUGCUAUUACUGUAUACAUUAUGGACACCAUUAGGAAUAUUUGGGUCUGUUAUGUAUCAUAUGUCUUCUUCAGAAGUAUCUAUAUGCUUCUAAUUACAAUAGCAACGUUUCAGAUUGCAGCAAAUCUAAGUACGGAGUGCUAUGCACUUGUUUUUGGAGUAAAUACUUUUAUUGCCUUGGUUUUGCAAACUUUAUUGACCCUAAUAGUGGUGGACUCUGUUGGCCUUGGCUUAGAUAUAUUUACACAAUUUAAAAUUUAUGGUGGAUACUUUGCUGCUAUAUCAUUCAUCUUUUUUAUGAGUGGACUUUACCAUGUAAUGAAAAAAUGCAGAAGGCAGCCAAAUACUUUGGCAUCAUCGGAUGCUUAAAGUGAUUUUGUGUCAAAUGCUUGGACCGUAAAUCUAUAUUUGUUUUGCUGCUUUAACAAAAUGAUUAUUUGUUUAAUGUUACACACACUAUCAGUGCCUUAUAUGUACCUUGCAAGUGAACUUUCAGGGUACAUUAAUAUACAAUGGGGAGUGUUCAUGAAAUGUAACUGGAGGAGUCACAAGCCGGACUUGGAUUUCUUACUAUUAAGUGCUAUUCUGAUAUCUACUGGGAGCUGC